UUACAUGUAACGACCUACAAUUCCUGCAGUGCACUCCCAGAACGGUUCGUCGGAAAUAUUUGGUGAGAAUGGAGUUUGCUUGACUCUGUAGAAAUAGUGUUCUGGAAGCCGGCCAUUUAGGAGUGAGAAUCUUCAUCAGUCUUUGCAAGUGCAACCGCUGUCCAGUCAGACACAGCCAGCGUGACAAGAUGGCCAUCGGUGGCUGCUCGCCAUUGCGUUUUCUCGCAAUCGCUUCAACAGUCAUAUUUUGCACGCAACCGGUUGACGUUUUCUGGAUGCUUGAGCUCUAUCGUUUCGAUAACCAAGAAGUGUCCGAGUUCAGUGCACGCUGUGUGGACGGUUCGCCGAGUGGUUUCUACUUUGAACCAGGUUUGCAAUCCAGAAAGAGGGGUUUCUACUUCAAAGGUGGUGGUCUCUGUGCUAGCAAGGAGUCUUGUCAGGCUCGCACGGAGAGUGACCUAGGAUCUUCCAAUAGCUGGGCUUCUGCUAUGAGUGGAUUUGGACUGGUGUCUAGUAACGCAAGCGAAAACAACGGGGUCUGCAUGUGGAACCAUGUCUAUUUAUCGUACUGCAGUGGAGACAUGCAUUAUGGCCAGCAAACGCAGCCAUAUUCCUCUGGCCACUUGACCGUCGUUGCCGUCCACGCACAGCUGCGGAAAGUCCACAACCUCAACGGCCCCAUCGGCUGCGUGAUGGUUUUCCGGACAACUCCUGUGUUGCCAGAUGACUGGUCACCCGGUUCAGCUGCCGCGGUCUUCGCAGUGCCGUCGGUUUGCCUUGGCUUCGCACCAGGGCAAGGUGGUUGUUUCCCGGGGGCCCACGCCUGAAAGUAUAGCGGUUCCCUCUAUGGGUGGGCCCAGUCUGUUUUCUUUCCACCCAUUUGCUUUGGCUUUUCCCCGUUGUCCGGAGUUACUAUCUUAUCCUACUGUUUUGGCCCUGCAUGUUUUGUUCAUACUUGCCUGUGUAUGCUGCUCACAUUUGAUUUCUUCUUCUCCUGUCUUUCUUCUCAUUUUUUUCUUCUCUCUCAUCCUCAGGAGAGGAUGCAUUUUUGUGUGGUCGUAUGUUGUCGGUGCCUGCGCGGACUGCGCAUGCGUGCAUUUGUGCGCAUUCUUGUUGUUCUGUGUUGGCCUUCUUCUUGAGACUCUCUUUGGAGUGAAACCAAA